GUUGUUUUUAUUAGGAAGCUGCUUUCAAAAUUGGGCGUGUAGUACAACGUUAACAGAGAAAUAAUCCCCUUUUUUACUAAUAAGGUUUUUUCAAACGUGAGUUACAGUUAAAAAAUACCUUCCUCGGCAAAGGGCAAAGAAAAGAAGACAUUCUGUAUAAGGACCCUGCAUGGUGGCCGUGUUGUGCAGAGAUGGCCUUGGAGGAAGGGGCACGGAGCUGUCUGCUGCGCUUUCGCCACAGACUGGAGGAGGACAUAAAGCCCUCCUACCUGAUGGACCAUAUGAUCAGUGAUGGGGUGCUGACUGUGGACGAGGAGGAGAAAAUCAGAAACCAGCCCACCAGGAAGGCUCAGGCUGUAGCCCUGCUGGAGUUGCUGCUUAGGAAGGACAACCGUGGUUACAGCUCCUUCUACAAUGCCCUGGUCAAGGAGGCAUACCAUGAUUUGGCAUAUCUGCUACAUGAUGCCCUACCACAGACGUUACCCAGUGCAUAUAAAAGCUCCUCUGAUAGCUGCACAUCUUAUGUCCAGACAGUGCUCAGUGACGGUGGCGUACCACAGAGGCCCGUGGUGUUUGUGAACCGGCCAGAGUUUGUGAACCGCGUCAGGGAGAAACUCUUCCGGCUGCAGAAAGAGCCUGGCUGGGUCACUGUCUUCGGCAUGGCAGGCUCAGGCAAAUCUGUCCUGGCGGCUGAGGCUGUCAGACACCAUGAACUCAUUGAAGAGUGCUUUCCUGGAGGGAUCCAUUGGCUGUCCAUUGGCCAGCUGGACAAGCCAGACUUAAUGGUGAAGAUUCAGUCAUUGUGUUUCCGUCUUGAGCAGAACCUGGAUUCCCGCUCCCUCCACCGGCCCCCCAACUCUCUGGAUGAGGCCAAGGAGCGCCUGCGCUACCUCACCCUGCGCAGAUAUCCAAGAUCCCUGCUGAUUCUAGAUGAUAUCUGGGACAGCACGGUACUGAAGGCGUUUGAUAUCCACUGUCGGAUACUUUUGACCACCAGAAAUAGAAGCCUCACUGACUCUGUUAGUGGGGCCAAAUAUGAGGUGGAAGUGGAGAGUGGUCUGGAUGAAAAGAAGGGACUUGAGAUUCUUGCUCUGUACACUAAUGCUAAAGUCCAGGGACUUCCUGAGGAAGCUCGCAGCAUAGUCAAAGAAUGCAAAGGUUCCCCUCUGGUGGUGUCCUUGAUUGGGGCUCUUCUCAAAGAGAAACCAAACCGUUGGCGUUACUACCUCAACCAGUUGCAGCAGAAGCAGUUCAAGCGUAUAAGGAAGUCAUCCUCUUACGACUACGACGCCCUGGACCAAGCCAUGGAUGCAAGCAUUGAAGUCCUACCUGACGAACAUCGAGAACUCUACAAGGACCUUAGCGUGAUAGAGAAGGACAUCAAAGUCCCUGCAAAGGUGCUGUCUGUUCUGUGGGACCUGGAGCCGGAGGAGGUGGAGGACAUCCUCGAGGAGUUUGUCAACAAGUCUCUGCUUUUUGUGGACAGUAACAAUAAACCCUACCUGUACUACCUCCAUGACCUCCAGCUUGACUUUUUGGUGGAGCAGAAUCGCACCCAGCUCGAGAGCCUCCACAAUAAGGUGGUGUAUCAAUACCACCAGCACUACAGAGAUGGUCCUCCCACCUCAGGAGAUGAGGAAUGUCUCUACUGGAUCAGAUUCCUGACCCACCACAUGGCCAAAGCCAACCUCUCCCAGGAGCUUUACUCUCUCAUGUUUUCUCUGGACUGGGUUAGCAUCAAGGCCCAGAUCAUGGGCCCAGCUCACCUCAUCAAUGACUAUGUGGAGUAUGGACCCAUUUUGGACAAAGAGAACAGUGAAGUGCGUAGUCAUUUCCAGGAGUUUCUCUCGUUAAACGGCCACCAGCUGGAACAGCGUCCUUUCCCUGACGUGGUGCAGCUUGCUCUGUCUCAGCCACAUACCUCCGAGGUCUACAGACAGGCUCUACUGCAAGCACAGGACCGGGCCAGCAAGGGGAAACUCUACUUUGACUGGCUGAAUAAGAGCAGCGUAGAGAAUUUGUCCCGUCUGGUGAUCCACCCGCACCAGGGCUCCAUCUACUCCGCCUGCUUCUCCCACGAUGGAGCCAAGAUCGCCUCCAGUGGAGCCAGCAAGACACUAAAGGUGUUUAAAAGCACCUCAGGUGAGAAGCUCACAGAGAUCCAGGCCCAUGACGACGAGGUGCUCUGCUGUGCCUUCUCUCCUGAUGACCGUCUACUAGCAACCUGCUCCAGUGACAGGAAAGUCAAGGUGUGGAACGUGGAGCGAUCCAUGCUGGUGAGGGUCUUUGAUGAGGAGCAUGAAGAGCAGGUCAACCACUGUCAGUUUACCAACACGACACGUCGCCCCCUGCUGGCCACUUGCUCCAACGACAAGUUCUUGAAUGUCAAGCUGUGGAACCUCAACAAGCCAUCCUCUCAGAACACCAUGUUUGGCCACUUUGAGCCAGUCAACCACUGCUGUUUCUCUCCUGACGACACUUAUUUGUCCACAUCCUCCAACGACGGUACCGUCAAGCUAUUUCAGAUGUCGUCUGCCAAUGAGUGGAAGACAAUCAAUGUGAGUAACAUGUUUGCAGAGAGUGAUGAAGAGGUCCUUGUCAAGUGCAGCACCUGGACUGCUGAUGGCAAACACAUCAUAUGUGCAGCCAGGAAUGCGGCUCUGGUGUUUGAUGUGGAGACAUCAGACAUGUUAUUGGAGAUCAGAACGAAUCGUCUGAGCACGGUUCAAUACUGUCACGCCUGUUCUACCAGUAACCUGCUGGCGAUCGCAUUCUCGAACUACGCUGUGGAGCUGUGGGACUUGGAGACCAAUAAGAAGAUGGCUGACUGCAGCGGGCACCUGAGCUGGGUCCAGCGUGUCCAAUUCUCUCCUGACGGCUCACAGCUGCUCUCCUGCUCUGACGACCAGACUGUCAGGUUAUGGGAGACCAACAAGGUGCACACCUCCUCAGCUGUCUGCCUAAAAAGAGACUCAGACGUUCUCUUCUAUAAUGAAGAAAUCAUCGUGUCAGCUGCAGAUAACUGCAACAGACUGCAGGUGCGUGAUGGCAGGACAGGAUCAACGCUGUUCCAGUCGGAGGAAAAGUCGUCCAGGAUCCGGUGCACGUGUAUGUGCAGACAGCCCUCUGCUGUGGCCCUGGGCCAGGAGGAUGGCACUGUACAGGCAGCAGGGCUGACAGCUAGAAAGGUACUGAGGACACUUGGCAGCAGGAUCCAGCGACUGUUGACCUCUUUCAGGGAGUUGAUUCUGGCUGUAGGGCUAUGCACAGGCAGUGUGCAGGUGUUGGAGGUGCCCUCUGGGAAGCUCCUAGCCACUCUACUGGGACACACCAAGACAGUGCUGCACUGUCGGUUCAGCCACAAUGGCCAAACACUGAUCACAUCCUCUGAGGACACCACCAUAAGGGUGUGGAGGUGGCAGUCUGGGGAGUGUAAAGUACUUCAGGGUCACAGGGAACAGGUCAGAUGCUUCUCACUGCUCUCCACCUUGCCUGUCGACACAAGACUGCUGUCCUGGUCCUUCGAUGGCACUGUCAAGAUGUGGGAUAUAGAAAGUGGAGAGAAGCUGCAGGACAUCCAGGCUCAUCGGGAAGCCAUCCUGUCCUGUCAUGUAUCGCCAGACGGAUGCCUCUUCGCCACCACCUCUGCUGACAAGACUGUUAAGUUGUGGCAGUGUGAGUCCUGGCAGUACGUCCACACCUUGAACGGCCACCAAGACUGUGUCCGAAGCUGCCGAUUCUCCUGGGACAGCCGAUGGCUUGCAACAGGAGACGACAACGGAGAGAUUCGGCUCUGGAGUGUCAAGGACUGCUCUUUGCUGAGGAUUUGUUCCCGUGAUGGGAAGGACGGCAUGGACUCACUCCACGGAGGCUGGGUGACAGACCUGCACUUCUCCCCAGACAACUCUCUUCUGGUCUCGACUGGUGGUUAUAUCAAGUGGUGGGAUGUGGAGAAAGGCGAGGCCCUGCAGACCUUCUUUCCGACGGGAACAGCUUUGAAGAGGAUCCACGUCUCAGCUGACUUCUCUACCUUUGUCACCAUUGACAGCAUCGGCAUUCUCUACAUCCUGAAGAGGGUGGUGUGAGACGGUGCAAACACUGCUCCAGAAGACCAC